AUGACGACGAUCUGGGAAAGAGCGGAGCGUGACGCCACCGCGUUCCCUUUCGACGACGCCAUGGCCUCCGAUACAGCCUUUCUCAUGCCGAUCGUCCUCAAGGACUGUGGCGAGGUUGUCACCAAAGCUCCCACUGACAACGACGUGCAGUACGUUGCUGGUGACAUAUUUCAAAGUAUUCCACCGGCGAACACUGUGUUCCUCAAGUGGAUUCUGCACGACUGGAACGACGAUGAGUGCGUCAGGAUACUAAAGAACUGCAAACAAGCAAUACCUCCACGAGAUGCAGGAGGGAAGAUAAUAAUAAUCGAUAUGGUGGUUGGAUCUGAGCCGUCAGACAUCAAACACGUAGAGACACAGGUUUUGCAUGACAUCUUGAUGAUGGUUUUCAAUGGAGUCGAGCGAGAUGAGCAAGAGUGGAAGAAGAUCUUCUUCGAGGCUGGAUUCAAGGACUACAAAAUUGUACCACUUCUUGGCGUUCGUUCUAUUAUCGAGCUCUAUCCUUGA